AUGGAUGAAUGUCAACGAAAAUUGACAGAACAGUCGGCAUUAUGGCUUAAUAAAGAGUUAUCAUUGGAUCAACUUGAUCAGGGUCUUAGAAAAUUUGUGCAUUAUCAACGAAACUAUUUACUAGGAAGAAACACGAAACAGUUGCAGAAAUUCAAAGAUGAUAUGCAUGAAAAGGUGUUAUUGGGAACUCUGUCUUCAUGUAGUCUUACAAGUGAACAGAGUGAAUCUAUUAAUGGAUUAAUGGCAAUACGAAAACAACAAGGAAGUGUAUGGGAAGAACUUCUCAUGCUAGAAAUGCGUGUUUUGUGUAAAUUUUUGCCAGAAAAUUUUGACCACUUAGAAGAUUAUAUUGCUCCUAUCAGUUAUUCACCGUUGAACAAUAACCCAAAAUCAAUUCAAAUCCGAAAUCAACACUAUAAAAUUAUACAAGAAGCGAAACGUGAAUGGUUAAAUUGUUUUCUAAAUGCCUAUGAUGCUAAAUUCAAAGAGUCUGAUCAACAAUAUCGAAAUGAAAUUGGGAAAUUAGAAACUCAAUUACUAAACAAUAGAAUUGCCGAUGGCUCAUCUGUUGUCAAGAAAAUUCAUGAUUACAUGGCCUACCAAACAGAUAAAUUAAAACAAAAUAUUCACAAUAAAAUAUUAUCUUUUCGAGGAAUAUUACUUCAAAAUCAUCAACGUAUCUCCCCUAAAAUAAAAAAUAUGAUUGGUGUUUCUCCUGAACCAUACCUUGAUUUAACUUUUAAACCGUUCAAUAAACGUCAAUGGUUUUAUCUCUCACUUGGGCCAUCUUAUAUACGUUUAAAUCAAAGUGCCAUUCGUCCAAGAGAUCAACAAGAGAGCACAGUCACAAAAGAACAUAAAAAUAUUUAUGAUAAAAUUGCACAGCGACUUAGCUCACACCCAUACAAUAUACCGUCAAAAUCAUUGAUUCUCAAACAAUAUUCUAAUCAUCUUCUUGAAUAUCUUAAUAAUUCUUAUUUUACUCCGCUAUCGUAUAAAGAUCAACUUCGAGCGAUAGAACAAGCAAAAACAACUGCAUACAUUCGAAAAAUACUUAAAAAGCACAAUCUUAUACUUCGCAUAACUGAUAAGGGUCAUAAUUUUUAUAUUGGUUCAGAAACUGAAUUUGAAAAAAAAGCACAAAAAUUUUUCGAAGAUACCAAUGCCUUCAUGGAAUUAUCAGUCAAUCCAUUGAAAGAAAUUCAAGAUAAAGUCAUUCAAUCACUCAAUCGACUACGUGAGAAGAAACUUAUAUUGGUAUGGCAGUACAAUAAAAUGAUGCCUGAUCGAACAAAAUCGGAAUUAGCUCAUCUGUAUUUCAAUCCUAAAACACAUAAAGAGGAUAUACCCGUCCGACCGAUUGAAAAUACAAUUCAUGCUCCAACAACAAAUAUUUCAAAAUUUUUAAGUGAAAUUAUAUCACCUAUAUUUGACAGCAAAUGUGGAUCCACAACGGUUAUUGAUGGCGUUUCUUUGAUCAAAGAGCUUAACAAAUACAUACGAAAAUAUCUCUUUAAACCAUCGACGCUAUUUUGUACACUGGACAUUCGUAAUUUAUAUACUAUGUUACCUCAAGAAGAAGCAUUAAAUAUCCUUGUUGAAUUUCUUCGUGUACGCGGAUAUGAGAAAGUCAAAGGAAUACCUCUUGAUACAAUACGCUAAUUAGCUUCGUUAGUAUUACAGGAAAAUGUUUUUGUCUAUAAUAAAAAAAUCUAUAAGCAAGUCCUCGGUGGUGCUAUGGGCUCAUCAUUUACAUUAACGUUAGCCAAUAUCUUUAUGUGGAAAUGGUAAAAAGAAUUUGUUCGUCGACAAGACAUGACUGGUGAAUUUUAUGGC